AUGAGAAAAGGUACUUCGCUGAAGUUAUUGAUCAGUGUAGUCGUUACGCUGCUGUUCAUAACGUUUAAUUUUGGUGCUCGUUACUUUGCCAACAGCUCGACAAGAACUCACAGUGACUCGGACAAGUCCCAUAUAGUAAAGAUUCCUAACCGAGAGGCUAGUCUAUCCGUUCCGUACCUGGAGGCGAUUAAUAGAUUUUGGCACGUCGGAGGAUCCACAGAAAUACGCAAUACAGAGCUCAUACGACUUACCAAGAAGGGCAAGACAAAUGAUCACGGAAUAGUAAUAUCGAAUGGAAUUGGAGAUAAUACCAUGAACAACCUUGAAAUUAUUGUCGAGUUCAGAAUAUCACCCACGAAUGGUAGAGUGAUAGACUCGCGAAAACAGCAUGUAAUGGGCGAUGGUAUGGCCAUUGUCAUUACUCCAGACAAAGAUUUCAUUACUCAAGAUUUGCAUUCGUCGUAUGCACGCAAGCAGUACGAACUGAACUCUGGCGGUAUCUUUGCCGGAAAUACAGAGAUGAUGGGAUUCCCAGCUAACUUACCUGGAAUGGCACUAAUCAUCGAUACGUAUCAAAACUUACCACAUUCAAGAAAAAUCACUCCCUUUAUGGAUGCGAUACUGAACGUUUCACCUUCCACGCAGUCAUAUGAUAUUGACUCCGACGGUAUAUAUACUUCUGCUAGGAAGCUGAAUGAUAAGGAUUUACGCUUGAAGCAGAGUAUCAUUCGUGGUGACCAAACCAGAUUAAGAAUAAUUUAUUUAGAAAGCAUAAAAUUUUUAAAAGUUGAUAUCCAAUACGAUCAAGAGGGCUCCUUUUGGAUAGAGCUUUUCCAACAGGAAGAUAUAAUCAUACCUAAAAACCCCAAAAAUGGGCAAAGAUUCAUUGGUAUUGGUGCAUUGACGGGUGAUUACUCAGAAACAGUGGAUAUUUUCGACAUUAGUACAAGCGAAUUUCACUGGAAGGAUAUCGAUGAGACCAAUGAAGAUUCGCUACUUUUUGCUAAAGAAAUAGACAAAUAUUUUAUUGCUGAAUAUGAAGAUAGAGUUGCAUUGGAGAGAGACGAUUUUCAAAAGUGGAAAAUGUUAAAGUCUCAACCAAAAUAUUUGAAAAUCGGUAAAAAUACUACUGAAGCAUUAAAAACAAAAAAAAUUUCAUUUGUAAGCAUUUUGAUUGUGUUUUGCAUUUUAUCAACCAUCAUUUAUGUCGCUUCUGUUUAUAUUCGAGUUAGUUUGAAACAUGCCAAACGAUUAAAGAGGAACAUUUUACCAUAA